UACAAAUAUUGUCACGUAACAUGCAAAUUCGAGGGAAUGGUUUAUCGGGUUUAUCGCUUAUUUAUACAAGGCCUAAAGCGUUUUAUUUAGAUUUACUAUAGCACGGAGGAUUAAUGGGAGAUUUACUUUGACUGCGAUAAAUUCUCCCCAAAUUCAGAACAGUCCAGCAGUCGCGCCCAAGCCGGAAAGUACAGAGAAUUGAAAGAGUUUUGCAUAGGGCGAGUGAAGGGUGAAGAAAUUCGCAAGUGAGUCAUCUUUUGGAGGUUAUGUCGUAUCAGUGAAUUCCCUUCAAAACAUUGCAAAAGAUGGAUUUCCUGCCGCAGAAGCACGCAAAGUACUUUUCUAGAUUCCUUAAUCUCCUCCCAGCACGCCUGGCAUCCCACGAUUCUACGAGGGUUACUAUUGCCUUCUUUUCUGUAUGUGGUUUGGAUAUUCUGGACUCCCUGGAGCUCCUCACACCCACACAGAGACGCAAUAUAAUUGAUUGGAUCUACAAAUAUCAAGUGAUACCUCAGGGGAAUCUCAAAUGUGGAGGAUUUCAGGGGUCCAGUACGUUGAGUAUUAAAUCAGAUGAUCCUGCAAAGCGGGCAGCUGUGGAGGCCUACCAUUGGGGACACCUGGCAAUGACGUACACAGGAAUAGCUAUUUUGAUAUCCUUGGGCGAUAAUCUAAGCCGGCUGGAUCGGGAGGCAAUCGUUGAGGGUGUUGCAGCUGUUCAGCGUGAAGAUGGGAGUUUCAGUGCCUCCGUUGAGGGCAAUGAGCAGGAUAUGAGAUUUGUCUACUGUGCCGCAGCUAUUUGUGCUAUGCUCAAUGAUUGGGGCAGUGUAGAUCGUCGGCGAAUGGCUCAGUACAUUCGAGACAGCAUUCGCUAUGACUACGGUGUGAGUCAACACAAGGAGAUGGAAGGACACGGAGGGACUACAUUUUGUGCUGUAGCUGCCCUUCAGCUCAGUGAUCAGCUACACAUUCUGCCCAAUCGUGAAUUAGAGGGCAUUAAGCGUUGGUUAGUGCUGCGACAGAGCACAGGCUUUCAGGGAAGGCCAAAUAAAACGGAGGACACAUGCUAUUCCUUCUGGAUUGCAGCCACCCUGAAGAUUCUCAAUGCCUUCCACUUGACGGCCUUUGAGGAAAAUCGCAAUUUUAUCCUUUCAACACAAAACCGAAUUGUUGGGGGUUUCUCCAAAUGGCCCGACUUCAAUACAGACCCCUUCCAUACGUACUUUGGAAUCUGCGGGCUGAGCUUUGUGGAUGAGCCCAAUGUGAUGGAAGUCAUGCCGAGUCUCAAUAUAUCAAUGCGUGCUUACAGGAGACUCAAACAACUCCACGAAACGUGGGAUAUAACGCAGAACAUUAACGAUGUACGACUCAAUAUCGACUGAAUUUGCCUGGCCCUGAAAUAGAGCACAAAAAUAUUUUAUUACUUAAAAAAUAAAUGUAAAAAAAAUUGUUGAAAAUUUAUAGAAAAAAUGGUAUUUUUUCGGUAUUAAAGAGGAAGCGAUCAAAAGCUUGUAGCUCACAGCAUUA